UUUCCUUUCAUAACCAGAGGGGAAUAAAUACUUGCUUUGGGUCAGUGUAAGGAGAUUCCUGUUUGGGACACUGACAACUCAACACUGAGCUGCAAUGAUUUGUCUUUCAGGUUUUAUUGGUCUUCUGCUGGUUCUAACAGCUGAGGCAAGAGUUGGAAACUCUUCCCUGCUGGAAUUCUGUCGUGAGACAGAGCAGUGCCUGCUGUUUGACUUGAUUUGCAAGACCCCUAAAUAUGAGGUGCGUCAUUAUGACUCUGUGAAAUGGGUUUCAACUGAUUACACCACCUUCUCUAUGGAAUUGAUGAUGGUACCAUCUUUUUGGCGACUGUAUGGGUAUAUCACUGGUGAAAAUGAAAAAGGCCAAAAAAUCAAUAUGACUGCUCCUGUUCUUAUGAAAAUUCCAGAAAAGAGCAUUUUUAAGAGGGAUGUCUAUACCAUGAGUUUCUUGCUGCCAGAGGAAUAUCAGAUGAAUCCCCCAAAACCAACUAAUAAUGCUGUUUACAUCCAAGAGAUGCCAGCUAUGAAUGUCUAUGUGCUCAGCCAUGGAGAAAUGAUGCACACCUUCUCUGAUAAUAAGUACUCUAAGGAACUCUCCACCGCUCUUGACACUGCCAGAGCACAGUACAGGAAAGGAUUCCACUACACAGCCGGAUAUGACAGUCCAAAGCCCAAGAAAAACAGACACAGUGAGGUGUGGUACGUUGUUGAGGGGGAUCCAGUGUGCUUCGGCAGUGAGUGACAAGGUCAACCCCCCUAUCCCUAGGACACAUCCUUUGCAUAUAUCACUGCAGGAAAUGCCUAUGGUGUGGCUAAACUUCACCUAAAAUAAAAUAUAACCCCUAUUUGAAUACAAAAACAACAAAUACAUGAUUACAAGAAUUUUGUAGUUUAACUUUUGUGUUUGCUUUCAUUUUUGGUGUUGUUGGAAAAUAAAGUAGUCUUUUGCAGCAA